GCAGGAGUAAGAGAAGGGAUUACAGCUGGAACACAGUCUACAUUACAAGAUGGUUUUAACUGUGGUUACAAGGAAGCAUUUCUUAAAUCAUACAAUUUUGGCAAAGUCAGGGGAAUGUUGAGGUAGGCAUUUUGCUUCUGGGAUAUUACAAAAUCUAGAAAUAGGAGACAAAAAAUGGAAAGCACACUGGUAUUAAAGUGAAAAAAUAACGUAUAACCUUGUGCAUGCAUGAAAUCUUGAGUGGGUUCUUGAUUAGGAAAUCCGCGUGUGGGUUCUAGUAUAUAGCAGUAGCGUAUAACGCGUAUAGUAGUUGCGCUAAGGGACCCCCGUCUCGAACUGAAAAGUCCCCUCUCCCUUGGGAUUCGCCAGUUUAUAUAAUAUUGUGAUACAAUUGCAAUUUCGUUACUUUCGUUUUGCAAAUUCGCCCAUAACCCUUCCAAAAACUACUUAAAAGUUAUUGAAUCCCAAGAAAGACAGAACCCCGAUAUCCUAGUUUGGCGGUCCUGCUCUUCCUUUAAGAGUUACGCCACUGUAUUUGAGGCCAACCGUACAACUUCCAUUGCAAUUGCAGAACAGCGCGCCACAGUUAGUAGGAAACCGAGAAAGCUGAGAGCUAAACUGAUUUCUGGAAGACAUAGCCACCGCUUGCGGGCGCAUCUGACAGCCACAAUCGUAGGUUCGAUUCUAGCUGCAACUCAUGACACUUACGUAAAGAGUCCGUCAACGCUCUACCGAAAGUCGUGGGGUUUUUUCCAGGGACUCUGGUUUCGUCCUACAAGGAAGGUCAACAGGGACCUAACGGUUUGCUCUAUGCGGGAAACCAUGUACAGUAUACUACCUGAAAAUAUAGCAAGAACUUCGACUAUUAACAUCCAAACGAAGGGCCUUCGUUCCAAACGUCGAAUUUCUUGUUAUAUUUUUCAGAUAGUAUGAUCCUGUAAACUCUCACAUAUGGGUGGCGCAAUCGUCAGAGCACGCGCCUUUCAUCUCUGAUAUCGUGGGUUCGAUUCCCGUUGUGGACGUUAUAUAUGAUAUCCAUGUGAAAAGUGUCUGUCAACGCUCUGCCGUAAGUCGUGGGUUCUCUCACUACGUACCGGAGUACCACUCCGGUUUCCUCCCACCGGGAAUGUUGCCAGGGUUGGUUGGGAUUAGCCCCCUAAGCCGCGAUUAGCCCUAAACUAACCCUUCCAUGGUAGCUGUGCUCCGUGAUCAGACGUGAGCCAUAAGGCGGCUGCCAGAGGCGCCCCCAGAAAGCCUUCCACUCGAUCACAUUGAGCUGUGUCCUUCGCAAUUCAGAUUGGCUGCAACUAAGGAUAAUAAGCACACCCCUACUUACUUACUUAAAUGCUUAACCAUGCAUGAUUAAUAUAAUAUGUUAUAUUUACUGAAUGAUUAAUAAUAACCUGUUUUUCACUUUGCGAGCCUUACUACUUUACUGAAUUUCGUUUAACAUUCUUAUUCUAUAUCAAGUGGCCUCUUGUCAUACGUCUCCUUGGAAAACAAACAGGAAAACUGUGACAACGAGAAGUAUAAAGACAGUAUCAACAAAUUAAUAUCCGAACUUGACAAUAUUGAGGAACAUCAUUGGAAAACAACGAACGAUACUACAUGGGCGUCAACGACAGAUAGCGAGUCAACAGUUGGUAAAACGUGCCACAGUACUAGUGCUGAUAGUGCAAUUAAACAACGACUGACAGUGAAUGAUUCAUCAAAAUUUAAAGAAUUAUUAAUACAGUGCAGACUUUUAUGUGACGAACUAGGUUUAGAUCCUGAGAUUGCCAGAAUUUCAUCUUAG